AUGGCGGUGAACAACAUUUCCAAAAAGCGAAAAUUCGUAGGGGACGGAGUGUUCAAGGCUGAAUUGAACGAGUUCCUUACUCGAGAGUUGGCCGAAGAUGGCUACUCCGGCGUGGAGGUGCGCGUCACUCCUACCCGAUCGGAAAUCAUCAUUAUGGCUACCAGGACACAAAGCGUACUGGGAGAAAAGGGUCGUAGGAUCCGUGAAUUAACGUCUGUUGUACAAAAGAGGUUUAACAUCCCCGAACACUCAGUCGAGCUCUACGCCGAGAAGGUCGCUACCCGCGGUCUCUGCGCCAUCGCUCAAGCUGAAUCACUCCGUUACAAACUCAUUGGAGGUCUGGCCGUCCGUCGUGCAUGUUACGGUGUACUGAGAUUCAUCAUGGAGUCCGGUGCUCGUGGCUGUGAGGUAGUUGUCUCCGGCAAGCUGAGAGGUCAGCGAGCUAAGUCUAUGAAGUUUGUUGACGGACUCAUGAUUCACUCGGGAGACCCCUGCAAUGACUACGUCAACACUGCAACCAGACAUGUACUGCUCAGACAAGGAGUACUCGGGAUUAAGGUGAAGAUCAUGUUACCGUGGGACCAACAAGGCAAGAACGGUCCUAAGAAGCCUCAACCGGAUCACAUCUUAGUGACGGAGCCCAAGGAUGAGCCUGCUCCCCUCGAGCCAACCUCGGACGUGAGGUCGUUGGCCCCGGUGCCCGCAGCAGCCCCCGCGCCCGCGCCUGUACCCGUCUAG